AUGAACACCCAGCAACCCGACGCUGCCGCUGUCAAUAAUAACAAUUAUCCCAAUUCCCAUUACCCCGCCAACCUCGUCCCUCAGAACCUCCAUGCCGCCAGCGAGAGCCCUGGUACCGACCACGAGCGUCUUCGACAGCAGCAGCAGCAGGCUCAUCCUGUCCCUGGCGCCGUCAUGCAGCCCCAACACCAGCAACAGGUGCCUCUCUACCAGCAGGCUCAGCAGAUGCAGCAGCAACACCAAGGCCAUCACCAGCAGCAGGCCUCGAUAUCCCAGCCGCGCACCACAAAGGGCAAAUACUCAUUGACCGACUUUGACAUCCUCAGAACACUCGGCACCGGUAGUUUCGGCCGAGUCCACCUCGUCCAGUCCAAGCACAACCAGCGUUUCUACGCCAUCAAGGUCUUGAAAAAGGCACAGGUUGUCAAGAUGAAGCAGGUAGAGCACACCAACGACGAGCGUCGCAUGCUCAGCGAUGUCAAGCACCCCUUCCUCAUCACCCUCUGGGGAACUUUCCAGGACUGGAAGAACCUAUACAUGGUCAUGGACUUUGUUGAAGGUGGCGAGCUCUUUUCCCUAUUGAGAAAAUCCGGGCGUUUCCCCAACCCCGUUGCCAAGUUUUAUGCUGCCGAAGCCACCCUGGCGCUCGAGUACAUGCACUCGAAAAACAUCAUUUACAGAGAUUUGAAGCCGGAAAACUUGCUACUUGAUCGUCAUGGGCAUCUCAAGAUCACCGACUUUGGUUUUGCCAAGCGUGUCCCAGACAAGACAUGGACGCUCUGCGGCACUCCCGAUUAUUUGGCCCCCGAAGUCGUUUCCAACAAGGGCUACAACAAGUCUGUAGACUGGUGGUCUCUUGGCAUCCUCAUCUACGAAAUGCUGUGCGGCUACACGCCAUUUUGGGAUAGCGGCUCACCAAUGAGAAUAUAUGAGAACAUUCUCAAGGGCAAAGUUAAAUAUCCCGCAUAUGUAAACGCAGAUGCCCAAAAUCUGCUCGAACGACUCAUCACAGCAGAUCUGACCAAGAGGCUUGGCAACCUCUACGGUGGCCCCGCCGAUGUCAAGAACCACCCGUGGUUCGCUGAAGUCACCUGGGAUCGAUUGGCUAGAAAGGACAUUGACGCGCCGUACACGCCGCCAGUCAAGGCUGGCACGGGCGACGCAAGCCAGUUUGACAGAUAUGCAGAGGAUCCGGAUGGCUACGGUCACGCCGGUGGAAACGAUGAUUACGGUCACUUGUUCGCCGAGUUUUGA